AUGUCGCAGGGCAGCUCCACACGCCGUCCAGGUUCCUCGGGUGGAUCGUCUCGUUCAGCGCAUCAGCGACCGUUGCGUGCCACACAAACUUUCAGCCAGCAUGGAGGUUCAGCUGCGUCGCAGUCAGCUCUACCUGCGUCUAGUGCGCCGAGCAGUGCUUCUGCUGACUGGAGCUCUGCAGCAGCAGGCAAGAAGAGACCAUCUCCUUCUUCAUCACCAUUUUCGUUUCGCGUAGCAUCCUCGCCUGAUCCUAAUAGUCGAAGUCGCAGUCCUGGUUCACCAGCAGCGUCAGCGGCGGGGAAAAGUAGUGCUGCAAAGAUGCGCCGAAGUCCUGGCGCAAGUCCAGUACCGCUAGGGCGACAAGACAGGGAGAUAGAUGGUGAUGGUGGAAUGGGAUCGUGGAGAACAUCUCGACCAAGCAGUAUUGACAUGGCUACGGAGUGUAAUUUAGAUGCCAACAGCGCCAGUGUUGGUGCUGCAGGCUCUAGCAGUUCAACUAGCUAUGCUGGCUUUAUUGUGGCAGGAUCACCCAAUGCAUUUACCCGCCUGCCCAGAGCUAAUUCCCGUGCUAGUGUGGGCAGCGUGAGCUCAGAACUAGAUGCCCUCGUGCUGGGGACUCCAAACGCGGAGCUGCUGGAGGCGACAUUAGACGGCCGGCGCCCCCCGCUUGCUCAUCUCGUGUCCCGGCACGGGUCAAAUCCCAAUGUAUUUACGAGCACAUCGACAAUUUCCCCGGUCACCAGCAAAUCCAGUCAAGCCAGUCCAUCGCCAACUUGUUCAGUUGCCAUACCCAUCGGUAAUGUAUCAGACACGCCACGCUUCAGUCCAUCGCCACAGAUGCACCUGAGUCGGCGUGGUUCGAAUGAGUUUGAGUCGCCGGUUUUACCGACGAUAGUACCGGUUGUCUCGGGCUCGUUCACGCGUCUGAUGUCUGGCUCGCCAAAAGCAUUUGAUUGCAAUCCGCCACAGCUCUGCUUGGCCACCGUGGCCAAACCGGCGGAACACGGCCGUUUUGCGUUUGCCGUGCCAGAUCUGUCCAAAGAAGAGCCGGACGAAAGCAAGGUGAACAUCACGUUUAGCCAGUCGACCGUCUUUCAGCAGUGCAGUGUCCGCGCUGUCCAGUAA